GCAUCCACCCGCGAGCGCAGGCCAGGCCGGCUCAGCCUCGGCGGCCGAAAGAGAUCGCGCAGCAGCGGCCGAGCGCAGCGGAGAGUGUCCAGAAGCCCGAGCCAUGGCUGUGGGGAACAUCAACGAGCUGCCUGAGAACAUCCUGCUGGAGCUGUUCACGCACGUGCCGGCCCGCCAGCUGCUCCUGCGCUGCCGCCUGGUCUGCAGCCUCUGGCGGGACCUCAUCGACCUCGUGACCCUCUGGAAGCGCAAAUGCCUGCGUGAGGGCUUCAUCACCGAGGACUGGGACCAGCCCGUGGCCGACUGGAAGAUCUUCUACUUCUUACGCAGCCUCCACAGGAAUCUCCUGCACAACCCAUGCGCUGAAGAGGGGUUUGAGUUCUGGAGCCUGGACGUGAAUGGAGGUGAUGAGUGGAAAGUGGAGGAUCUGUCCAGAGACCAGAGGAAGGAAUUCCCCAAUGGCCAGGUCAAGAAAUACUUCGUGACUUCUUAUUACACCUGCCUCAAGUCCCAGGUGGUGGACCUCAAGGCCGAAGGGUAUUGGGAGGAGCUGAUGGACACCACACGGCCGGACAUCGAGGUCAAGGACUGGUUCGCAGCCAGGCCCGACUGCGGGUCCAAGUACCAGCUGUGUGUUCAGCUCCUGUCGUCAGCGCAUGCACCUCUGGGGACCUUCCAGCCGGACCCAGCAACGAUCCAGCAAAAGAGCGAUGCCAAGUGGAGGGAAGUCUCCCACACGUUCUCCAACUACCCACCCGGCGUCCGCUACAUCUGGUUUCAGCACGGCGGCGUGGACACUCACUACUGGGCCGGCUGGUACGGCCCGAGGGUCACCAACAGCAGCAUCACCAUCAGGCCCCCACUGCCCUGAUGUCCCCAAGCCCCCAACCGCCGAGCCCCAACUGGUAAACGGCUGUCAGAGAAGGGCUGGGCUGGGGAAGGGGAGGUGGAGGCCCGGCUCCCCCGACCUCCUAGUUCAUCCUUGCCUCCCAGGCACCUCUUCUUUGUGGGGCCUCACGUGCUGUGGGGGGCCAGCCCUCCGCCUGAGGUCUCAACCUGAAUGACGGCACGGGAGGCCUGCGUGGGCCCCUUUAAGAGAAGGGGCCCCUGAGGUUAGGGAGGUGCAGGGUGUUCCCCAGUCUCCUCCCCUAGACUCCUCUUAGGGUGGGUCUCCAAGCCCUGAUGGCAACCUAGAUCUGGCUAUCUGCCAGGCCUUUUCUCCCUGGUGUCUUUGGGGGCCCUCAGAGCAGGGAGAGUCGGGAUGUCUGACCAGCCCGUGGUGCAGACAGUGCAGAUGCUGGGAGAUGACCACGUAGCUCAGACAGAUCUGGGAGUGGAAGAUGUGCUGGCCCAUCCUCGGGCCCAUUCCGCCACUCCCAUGCUCUCACUCUGCCCGCCUGCUCAGAGCGGCUUUGGCCCAGAGGCUCAGGCCUGGCCUGAGAUGGGCAGGCCCAGGGUGGGGUAGGAUCUAGGCCAGGUCUGGACUGUCCUUGCUGUCAAUGAAGUCCCAGAAGCAGGAUGGGUCCCAGGUGGGGGCAGGGCUCUCCCAAAGACCCCUGGAAUCGUGCGCACCAGGGCAGGUGAGGGGCAGGCCUGGGCCCUGCUUCUGAGAGCUGGGGUGUGUGAGCCCUGGAUGAAUGGGGCGGCUGGUUUUCAAGGACCACCUGUCCACCUCCAUGCGUAGGCCAGGCUCCCUGUGGCUUGGAGGGCAUUGCAAGUCCCCACCCAACCCUUGGAACUGCCACUCUCAGGACCUCCCCACCCCGCCGGACCACACUCCUGCGUACAGCAGCGCUCUGAGCCUGCCCCCCGCUGCAUGCGGC